CUAUCUUCAAUUACACCAAAGUCUUCGUUAAAAUGCACAAGACAACGACAGCGUGGAAACAGAAUUGCCUGGGCAGUCAAUUAGUGGCAGGUUAAAGUCGUCUUUACGACUGACACAUUCUCAUAGGACCAUGACAUCGUACAGCCCACUUUUCAUACCACGAUUCAUUCCCAGCAUCCGGAGAGAGCCACACCGGACAAAACGACCUCAUACAAAGUCGCGUUAUGGCUGCUUCAGCUGCAAGGCUCGAAGAGUUAAAUGUCAGGAAACGCGGCCAAACCCGUGCGCCAAUUGCAUCAGCCGAAACACUCUGUGCAUAUAUCCUUCAGAAGAACAAAUGCUGCAUCGUCGUGGCCAUUCCAGCUCACAUGGCAGUCAUCGCAGUCGAAUAGUAGGAAACAGACAUGGCUCUUCGGCACGCAGUUCUACAACGCCACCAGCAUUAGAGUCAGCAGUGACAUUAAGUUCGCAGCAGAAUGUAUCGCACCACGCCUUCGCUGCGGAUGACUUGCGGUUCCUUCAACACUUUUUGAUAGUCGCAUAUCCGCAUCUCCCGUUUGGAAGCGAAGAUCUAUGGAAGACGUGUCUCCCAGCGAGUGCGCAUGAGUGCCCACAUUUGAUGCAUGCAAUACUUUGUCUCGGAGCCACCCACCUUUCCUUGGUUACACCAGACGGCAGUAGAUAUACGACUCUCGCCGUCACGCACCGAGGCCAGGCCCUUAGAAUGUUAGGCGAUGCGUUGAUCAAAGGUGAUCAGUGCAGUAGAACCGAGCUUGAGUUGAUGCUAGCAACGGCCUAUGCGCUUACGUUUCAGGCAAAUUAUAUGGAAGAUGGUCUGGUCGACUUCGCCGUUAUGGUCAGAGGCUGUAGUAUAAUAACCCGGCGGAUCUUGAACAAAUACGACGGUAGUGAAAUGUUCAAACUACUCAAACCAGAUGUCAUUUAUAGGGACAUUGUGUUGCGCAUCCCUCUCACUCACUGUGCUGAUACAGAUUUUCUGGACACAUCUAUCGAGACACUGAAAAGGAUCGAGCCACUGCUUGUGAGCGACAGUCAUUGCAACGCCUACGGUGCCCUGUUGAAUACGUACAACGCAUUCAAAAGUUCGGCGCGUGAAGCCUUCAUUGCUUUCACUGGAUUCUAUAACCACUGGGAAGGAAUGGGAAAUCGCGAGUUUAUGGAAUUCCUCGAGCCGACAAACUAUGUCUCACGUGCCCUGUUUCUCCACUACAUCGUGAUAACGGUACUGUUUCGGCCAGUGUUUCAAAUAUUUAAGGGACCAAGGGCAGUAGUCUUUCCCCGGGAUGAACUGCCGAUUCUUCAGUGGGGAGCUCAUAUUUACCAGUGCUUACCCCCCUCGGUACGUGGGUUGGUAGAGUGGCAGGCGAACUUUAUAACUUUAGAUCAAGCUACGCUUGAAGGCCCAAACUCCGGUCAGGCAAUCCUUGAGCCGGUCUAGCUCUAUGAGUUAUAGGUAUCACAGAGUAGGGAGGCUUGAUUGAUCGAAAUGUUCAUGUUAUUGAGAACUAUAUAGGACAGCAUCAAGCGAGCAGGGCAGAGGGUAAAAGUAAUUCAGAAACAAAGACGGGCUCGCAAAGAUCGAAAUUAAGAAACAACACCUUU